UCUCACUCAAGGUAUGGUAAGUGCUACCUUGAGGAAGGCUUGUCGGGCCAUCUCAAAUAUGACAGCUGGGAAUCGAAGCAAUCUACAGAGAGUAAUAAAAGCAAAUUUAAUCCCUCCUCUUCUACAUCUUCUUCAAGAUGAAGACGACUACGAGGCUGAAGUCAAAUGGGAAGCUGUCUGUGCUUUGUCAAAUGCCACCAUAAGGGGGUCCAAUGAGCAGAUUAAGUACCCAGUGGACCAUGGCUGCAUUGGACCUUUCUGUGAGCAUCUACUAUGUGAAGACAGUAGGACAGUGAGUUUGUGCCUUGUAGGGCUCAAGAACAUCUUGAAGGUAGGUGAGGCUGAAAUGAGCGAUGGGGUUAAUCAUUAUGCCCAAGUGAUCAAGGAAUUCAAUGGAUUUCACAAUAUGGAGAAUCUGCAAACUCGUCAAGAUGUUGGUGAGAUGGCUACCAAGAUCUUGGUGACCUAUAGGGAAAGGCAUUAAGCAGUCACUACUCUGUUGUAAAUGCAACUUCGUAUGAAUUUACAAUAUUUAGUAGUU